CUUUUCAUGUGGAAAUCUUACUGACCUGAGCUUUCCGUUCUCUCUUUCCACACAACCUGACUGUGGAAUACUGCCCUUCUCUGGUUGUGAUGCUAAACCAUAUCCAAGAAUCCAACUGCUUCCUGGAGGAGACUGGUACUAUGCUUUAGGAAAUCCAUAUAAUUAUACAGUUUGGCUCGUGGAUCCGAAGCUUCAAACCACGUUGAGGCAACACAAGUGCUGGGCUUUUAACAAAAAGUUCUCCCUUCCAGACUCUCCUUAUAUUUCUUUCAAAAUCUUGAAUAAUCUCAACUUCUUCAAAUGUAACAUCACUGGUAGCAACACCCCAAACAAUACCCACAAGAAUGACCAUUUUGCUGGUUAUAAAAUGUACCAUGGCUGUAAAGGCUUCAGCAUAUAUUACAAGCUUCUCGGAGAUGAUGAUGAAGAAGUUCGAGCAGGCAAUCUUCCUGCCACCUGUUCACUUAUCAGAUUACCAGUCCGCUCGAUAUCAGAUCCUGGUGGUUUGUUCAAUAUGUUAAGCGCCUCUUUUAUAGUAGAAUGGAAACUGUCUGAGGACUGUUACCAAUGUCACUAUGACGGAGGUCAAUGCCAGACUGAUAUAACCAACGAAUUUCACUGUACAUAUCCAUAUAAUCCACAUGCUCAAGAUGCAAUAACGACUAGAAGCAAGUGGGGACUGACUCUGGGAGCAGAGAAAAGAUUUUGCGGUACCAGUGCCUCAGGUUUUGGGAAUCUAAUGCCGAGCUAA